AUCGCAGGCCGGAAAUGGACAGCCAGGACAGUUUCCAUGGGUCAAGUUUGGCUUGACCGAGGCGGAGUACAAGAUCCGCGGCCGCUACGGCAGCUGCUAUUGGUGGAACAGCACCAAGCACAAGACCUCCCUGYGCCAAAAUCAGGGCAAGGAGGAUGUGCGACCCCGCCUCAGCUCGGGAAACUGAGCUCCGCGGAAGGUGAGGCGACUCCACCUUUUACUCCGCCAGAUUUGGCCGCCUUGCUAGCGGCCUCCUGCACAUUUGGGGAGGAUGCGAAUGUCGCAAGUCCUCGGUAUAUUUACGAGGAUUAUGCUGUCCACUUGGUUCCACCGCUAGACCAACCGCUCCACAUGCAACAGUCCACCGCAUGCACGGUUUCAUCACCAUCGGCAACCGAUUCGGCAGCUUCGCCGCAAUCUAUUGUCGGGGAUUCGACGUCAUGGUCAAAACUUAAAGAGCUCGACCCAUUGACGUUCACGGACUUCCAGUGGAUGCCCGUUCCCUCGACCGGACGAUUGUCGAAACCGCAUUGCAACGCGCUUAUGGCACAAUUGCGGGACUACUUGCACACUGCAGUACCAACUUCGUUGAUGGACGUCAGAGCAGAGGUUGUCGACCUUCACGCUUUCAUCGCGAAGACCGACCGCGAGUUCAAGACGCAACGRUACGACGACAUCGACGCACCAUUGCUAUACAUACGCAUUCAGAUCGGAGAGGCGACCUGCAGUGCCUUGAUCGAUUGCGGAGCAUCUCGCAACUACAUCAGCCAGGACUUCAUGGUACGCGCCGGCCUUGGCCCAUGUGUCCGGAGUAAGUCCCAGCCUACGCAAGUCACUCUGGCAGACGGUCAUACGCACAAGUCCAUCGACCGAUGCAUUGACGUCGUCCCAGUGUACUUUGCCCCCCAUGCAAGUGAGGCGGUGUCCUUCGACAUUCUGGACACCAAAUUCGACAUGAUCUUGGGCAUGUCAUGGCCGCGAAGCAAGGAUCACCCUGUGAACUUCUUCAACCGCACCGUUCACGUUCGUGACCGGAACGGAGUAUUAGUUCCAUGCACGGUGCCUUUUCCUCAUCCUUCGAUCAGCUGCCACGUGGUAUCCGCCGCAAGCAUGCGAGCUUCCAUCAUCAGAGACGACAUCGAGGAGAUGGGGGUGUGUUUUCUCCACGCCCUCCCGCCACAUGACGCUUCAUCGACGGACUCACCUUCGGAUCCACGCAUCACCAAACUUCUCGACGCCUACAGCGACGUGUUUGAAGGCCCGCAUGGAGUAGUACCAGAUCGACCCAUCCGCCACGAGAUCAUCCUCGAGGACGGGGCCGUACCUCCGCGCGGUUGCAUCUACCGAAUGAGGGAGGAAGAGUUAAGCGUGCUUCGGGCACAACUCGACGACAGGCUGGAUUCGGCCUAGCUCAUCGCCAUACGGUGCUUCUGUUCUCUUGGUCCGGAAGAAGAACAAGGAUUUGCGGUUGUGCAUCGAUUAUCGCAAGCUCAACGC